CACAAAUCAUGAACAGUCAUGCGAGAUGGCGCUGUCUCCUCGUGUGCGUCGUCAUCCUGGCGCAGUGGAAGUUGGUGGCUGGCAUGAUGCUAGUGGAUUUGGGCAAGCGAUAUGGCCUGGACGUCUCCAACUCCAAUACACCCAUGCACGAAGGCGCCCUACGUCAGAUCAUGGACGGCGUGCGCGACGAGAAACCAGAUUCCAUGUACUUGUUUGGACUCAUGCAGUUCUACGGCCACGGCGUCACGCAAGACAAGGACGCAGCGAUCCGAUUCUUCCGCAAAGCAGCGGCAGAUCGCCACGUCGACGCGCAAUUCGCCCUCGGACUGCUCUACCACAACGGCGCCGACGGCGUCCGCCAAGACGACGCGAUGGCAUACUCGUUCCUCAAACCGUCGGCCGACAGGGGACAUGCAGACAGCCAGUGGCUGCUUGGCACAAUGCUUCGCGAUGGACGCAGCCUUCCCUUCUCGACCACGGAGUCCGCAUCCCUUGCGUUUGAGCUCAUUCAAGAGUCUGCUUCUCAAGGCAACCCCCAUGGCCAAUUCCACUUGGGUGUCUACUAUGAAUACGGACGCCACAAUGUGCCGCAGAAUCUCACGACCGCGGCGCAACUGUAUGCCGUUGCCGCUGCCCAAGUGCGUCCUCAAUCCUACGUUCCUCCGAAUGCCACGUCACCAUCCAAAACGAGUUUGUAUGUAGCACGUGCCCGACGCAGCAUUCUACUUGGGCUUGAUGUAUGCGUACGGUCGCGGUGUCGCACAAAGCCUCGAGACCGCACUCGAGCACUUCAACACGGCGGCGGCGUUGCACCACGGCCCAGCGAUGUACUACCUUGGCCUCAUGCACGUCCAUGGCGACGGCGGCGUCCCCGUCGACUACACUCGCGGCUUGUACUGGUUUGACAAGGCGUUGGCCACAAAAGAUCUGUCCGUCGCUGCCAGAGCCCAGCACGCACACGACGAGCUCGCGGCGCUGCUCGCUCAAGCCACGGCCCAUCGGGACGCUGUGUUAAAAGGAGCAUGAUAACGGAGUUAUGGAUACUAUUCAGUACUAUUGAUAGUAGUAAUUCACAUUUGUCAAUAAAAGAAGGCUGUAUCGGG